GUUAAUUGGGAAAAGCAGGACGUGGCAGAAGACAAAAGGAUUCCUUCAGAUCUCCUGGAGACUUCCUGAGAGCACAGAUGGAUGAGCAAGACUCGCCUGGCCCUCAAGCAGGAAGAGGCAAUACCAUCCAAACCGGGAGCAUCGGAGGAUUCUGGGAAAACUCAGUGCAGAAGAUCCUGGGAGAGGAGGACACCCUCAGCUCAGAUGUGCAGAGCCAGCAGUUCAGGCAGUUCUGCUACCAGGAGGCCAAAGGACCCCGAGAGGUUUGCAGCCGACUCUACCACCUUUGUCGUCAGUGGCUGAAGCCAGAAAGGCAUACGAAAGCUCAGAUGCUGGACCUGGUGAUCUUGGAGCAGUUCUUGGCUGUCCUUCCACUGGAGAUGGAGAGCUGGGUGAGGGAAUGUGGAGUGGAGACCAGUUCCCAGGCAGUGGCCCUGGCCGAAGGUUUCCUCCUGAGUCAGGCAGUGGAGAGAAAGCAGGCCGCACAGGAGGUGAGAGAGACUUUCAUCUUAUAUAUAUAAUUUUUAUUAAUUUUCAAACAUAUUAUCAUGCAUUCCACAAAGUUUCAUCACUUAUACAAUCUUUUUGGACUUCCAUCAGCACCUCUGAUGAUCUUCCAUUUUUAUAAUUUGUUCUGCAUUUCUUAAAUUCAUAUUGCCUUAAUUAUCAUAACUAACAUCAUCCUUUUGAUUCAAUAAAGCAAUAAUUCCAAUUAUUAACCUUACAAAACUUCCUGUAAACCUACAAAUGUAAUUUGAUCAUCACAACUGCUUUUCAAAUAGUCCGUAAAUUUACGCCAAUCUUCUGUGAAUCUCUGGUCCUGCCGGUUUCAAAUUCUUCUUGUUAGUUUAUCUGAGAGAGACUUUCAUCUUGAUGGGCUCAGAACAUGAGGAAAGGUACCCCAUGAGUCUCUACUGAUCGCCUGUCCUUUUUUGGAAAGCAUCCAAGGAAUGAUAAUUGGAUAUACCUUGCCUCUGCUGUUCCUUUUCUAAUCAUUCUCCCCUUUCUUUGUUUGCAAUCCUCGUUGCUAAUUCAGGGAGCGAAUCUGUUUGUAGAAUUGUGCAUGGAUUACUCUGAGGCAGAGACAUUGGACACCAGACAGAGGCCACUGGGUAAGGGUGAAUGAUUUUCUCUCAGUUUGGUCACAUUCUGUUGAUUUUGAAACUAAUCCAUGGGUUCCUUUAAUCUUUUGGGGGAAGACACUUGAAGCCACAGGCCCCAAGGAGAGGGGAUGUAUUUUUACACAACUAAAAUAUGAAAUGGGUACAAAUGUCAAAACGCCCUCAGCAGGUGAGACUUUUUCUAAGGCCCAUUUGUACAGUGGUACCUCGGGUUAAGAACUUAAUUUGUUCUGGAGAUCUGUUCUUAACCUGAAACUGUUCUUAACCUGAGGUACCACUUUAGAUAAUGGGGCCUCCCACUGCCACUGUCCCGCCGCUGCGCGAUUUCUGUUCUCAUCCUGAAGCAAAGUUCUUAACUUGAGGUACUAUUUCUGGGUUAGCGGAGUCUGUAACCUGAAGCGUCUGUAACCCGAAAUACUACUGUAGUUAAGAGAUGCACCGCUUAACCUUUGAGAAGCAUGCACUAAAGGCUGCCCACCUGCCCUUGUUUUUCACAGGUGACAGAAUGAUGCUGGCAAGACCUACUCAUCCAUCUUUUCAUCGUGGCAGAGGGGAAGCAGCGGCUGUGGAACCAGAUCAGGUAGGGGGGAGGAGCAUUGUGGGGGAAGAAGCAGAGGACUGGGGCAGCCAGCGCGCCACUGGGCCCAAACAAAUCUCUCUCAUCUGGGCUUCUGUCAGAGCUUCCCUUAACGAUGGCUGAAAAUGCCAUUCAUGGCGGUUUAUGUACUGAGAAUAAAAAACAGCCGCCUCACCGUAACUAGCUUUCUAAUUGUCACUAGUAUUAUUUAUCAAUAGUUGAAGUUUUUAUUUAUAUGUUUAUCGUUUAAUGCUAAAGUACGCUUCUAAGCAGUUUUACAAACCAUGAAAAACAGUGGCCAGGAUUCACCUAACCAGCUCCCAUCAGUUGCAAAACAGGGCUUCCCCCCUCCCCCCAGGCACUCCUUGAAUUUUAUUUAUUUAUUUAUACAUACAUACAUACAUACAUACCCCACCCAUCUGGCUGGGUUCCCCUAGCCACUCCGGGUGGCUCCCAACAGAAUAUCAAAAACACAAUAAAACAUCAAACAUUAAAAACUUCCCUAAACAGAACUGCCUUCAGAUGUCUUCUAAAAGUCAGAUAGUUGUUUAUUUCCUUGACAUCUGAUGGGAGGGCAUUCCACAGGGCAGAUGCCACUACCAAGAAGGCCCUCUGCCUAGUUCCCUGUAACCUCACUUCUCGCAGUGAGGAAACCACCAGAAGGCCCUCGGAGCUGGACCUCAGUGUCCGGGCUGAACAAUGGUGGUGGAGACCCUCCUUCAGGUAUACUGGGCUGAGGUCGUUUAGGGCUUUAAAGGUCAGCACCAACACUGAAUUGUGCUCGGAAACAUACUGGGAGCAAAUGUAGGUUUUUCAGGACCGGUGUUAUAUGGUUUCGGCUUUAGGACAUUGGGAGGUUACUCCCCACAGAACAGCACAAGGGGAGAGUAGAGAGGAGAUCCUUACACCUGGAAAGCUUGCACAGACAGUAUGAUUGAGGAACACAAUGUGGCGUUCCACCCAUUUACACAAAGAUUAAUAAGCAUCAUUAAAAUACACAAUAAAAGAAUUCCAUUAAAACGUUAAAAUAAACAUCCAGAAUUUAAAAUGUGCAGCAAAACAAUAUCAUCAAAGCAACGUAGCAAUUAUCAGGCAGAAAAUGACAGAGAAAUAUGUAGCAGAUAAUCUUUAUGCUGUCAAAGAGGAGGACAUUUCCCUUUUUCUUUUAGGGUCCAGUGCGCUUUGAAGAUGUAGCUGUUUAUUUCACAGACGAGGAGUGGGCAUUGCUGGAUCCUGACCAGAGAGCUCUGCAUAACAAAGUCAUGGAGGAGAACUGUAGGAUCAUGGACUCUCUUGGUAAGGCUCCCUGUUGGAUCGUAGAAUCUGUUUUGAAAUUCAAUACGUAUUUCUAUGUCAUAAAGUGCCAAGAUUUUGACGUAGCUCAACAGUGCCACCCAAAUCAUUUGGGACACUAACACCCCCACAGCUAACCUUGAAUGGAAGGCUAUUUAUUGUUUCGUCUGUGAAUAUUCUUCCUCUGGUUAUGCCUUUUUAAACAGUCUGCUCUGAACCAGCCCACCCAGGCCUUCAGAGUUGAAGAAACGUCUAUCAAGUUUUUUGUUUUUGCUUCUGUCGGUUUUCGGUUGACCGAAGAAACUACUGACAUUGAAGAUGGAGCAGAUUCCACGAUGGGGCCGAACAAAAUCCAUCCCAGAAAAGUGUCAGCAUCGCCCUUGAGCCAGUGUCAUCAACUGGACUCAUCCACUUCAGCCCCGACUGGGCUAGGCGAGCUGGGUAGCACUUCCAGAGACCACCUUCUGCACAGGAACAGGUCAAAGUGCUGUGGACUCACAGCUUAGAGUUGUGAGCACCGGAUUCACUUCCACAAGAAGACAGUCGUUGCACAGCAGAGUAUAGCAGAGUAUAAACUACUCGGAGAGCAGCUCUAUAGAAUAUCUUCUUUAUUCUAUCUACAACUAUAAUACACAACUAUAUACAGAGCUAAAUGAGGUCUAAACAAAAAAUGCUGAACUGCACUGAGUGUCUGCAGCUGCUCUUAGCAGCAACCUUAUCUAUACACACGAUCUCUCUCUCUUUGAUGUGAGGCUGGAGCGGAAUAAGUAGAGAGCAGAAACCGCCCCCUCCUCUCUGGAGAAUCAGCAGAGAACAUCAGCAGAUUCUUGGAUAUGGGAGGGGUGAAAUCUCCUCAAAAAGAACCAGGUUUUUCAAAUCUCAGGUUCCCAUAAAUAUGUCAGCUAAUGGCCGUCAACAAAGGCAGAGAACCCUGUAGGAAGAUCUCACAUCUAACUCCCUUCAGUUCUUCCUCUUUCACAAGCAUUAAUUAGCAGUGUUCAAUAAUUUGGGGCUACAUUAUUUUCUUGAGGCUCUAAUCCAUUUCUCCAUUUGUUGCAGGUGGGGAUGAAUUGGAAAUGAAGAACAAGGUAGUUCACAACAAAAUCCACACAGUGGAGAAGCCAUCUAAAUAUUUGGGAUGUGGAGAGAGCUUCAGUCAGAGCUCCCAUUUCGCUUCCUAUCAAAGAAAUCCCAUUGGGAAGAAACCCUAUCCGUGCUUGGAAUGUGGAAAGAGCUUUAAUACAAGCAGAAACUUCCGCCGACAUCAAAGUGUUCACCGUGGGGAGAAACCGUUCCAUUGCCAAGAGUGCGGGAAGAGCUUCAGUCAGAAAGAAAGUCUCACUUCCCAUCAGAGAAUUCAUACAGGGGAGAAACCGUAUCAGUGCUUGGAAUGUGGAAAGAGCUUCAGUCGAAGUCACCGCCUCACUUCCCACCAAAGAACUCACAGUGGUGAGAAACCAUAUCUGUGCUUGGAAUGUGGAAAGAGCUUCAGUCGGAGUGACCGUCUCACUUCCCAUCAGAGAAUUCAUACAGGGGAGAAACCGUAUCAGUGCUUGGAAUGUGGAAAGAGCUUCAGUCAGAAGGAAAGUCUCACUUUCCAUCAAAGGAUUCAUACAGGGGAGAAACCGUAUCAGUGCUUGGAAUGUGGGAAGAGCUUUAAUACAAGCACAAACUUCCGUCGACAUCAGAGAAUUCACAGCGGGGAGAAACCCUUUCAGUGCCAAGAGUGUGGAAAGGGCUUUAAUACAAGCACAAAAUUCCAUAGCCAUCAAAGUAUUCACCGUGGGGAGAAACCAUUUCAGUGCCAAGAGUGUGGAAAGAGCUUUACCUGGAAGGAAAGUCUCACUUCCCAUCAGAGAAUUCAUACAGGGGAGAAACCGUAUCAGUGCUUGGAAUGUGGGAAGAGCUUUAAUGCGAGCACAAACUUCCGCCGACAUCAAAGUAGUCACCGUGGGGAGAAGCCGUUUCAGUGCCAAGAGUGUGAAAAGAGCUUCAGUCAGAAGGAAAGUCUUCUUUCCCAUCAAAGGAUUCACACAGGGGAGAAGCCAUAUCGUUGCUUGGAAUGUGGGAAGAGCUUCAGUCAGAGCGCACCUCUCACUUCUCAUCAGAGAAUUCAUACAGGGGAGAAACCCUAUCAGUGCUUGGAAUGUGGAAAGAGCUUCAGUCAUAGGUCCAAUCUCACGGCCCAUCAGAGAAUUCACAGCGGGGAGAAGCCAUACCACUGCUUGGAAUGUGGAAAAAGCUUCAGCCAGAGCUCCUACCUCACUUACCAUCAAAGAACUCACAGUGGGGAGAAACCUUAUCAGUGUUUGGAGUGUGGGAAGCGAUUUACCUGGAAGAAAAGUCUCACUUCCCAUCAAAGAACUCACAGCGGGGAGAAACCCUAUCAGUGCUUGGAAUGUGGAAAGUGUUUCAGCCAGAGCUCCAAUCUAACUACCCAUCAAAAAACUCACAGUGGCGAGAAACCAUAUCAGUGGCUGUGUACGGAUUUAAUUUUAGGAGACUUUCAUUAGUAUGCAGGUGAGGAUUGCAACAGUGUUCUUGUCAUUUGGUCACCUGGCACAGAAGUUGACCUUGUCUCUCAAAACCAUGGAGUACACAGUCAGUAUUUUUUCAUACCAUGUACCUAGAUCUGUGAGGUGCAAGCCGUCGACCAAGAUGUGAUUUGGCAACACUCAGCUCUCAAUUCUGAGCUUUCUUUUGAAGAAGUUGACGUAGUUCCGCUUCUAGAGCCUCCAGAUUGCAAAUUUGUGGUGCUCCUGACCUCCGCUGUCCUCCUCAACAUGUCUAGGGUGGUGGUGGUAUCAACUGAAGCUCAUCCUGGUAUCUGCUAAACGCACACAGGACAUCUGUCAGAAACUCCACAAGUUUUCCUCUGUGAGAAGGUUAAGUAAAGGAUUCCCCUGUCCUUUGAGCAUUCAAAGUACAUAAUGAGUGCAUGCCGGGAGCAAAGAACUAUAUCUAUGAAGAAGAAAGAGUUCUCUUAACCACAACACCACACUGAGGGCCAGUGUGGUGUAGUGGUUAAGAGCGGUGGACUCGUAAUCUGGUGAACCGGGUUCGCGUCUCCGCUCCUCCACAUGCAGCUGCUGGGUGACCUUGACACACUUCUUUGAAGUCUCUCAGCACCACUCACACCACACAGAGUGUUUGUUGUGGGGGAGGAAGGGAAAGGAGAAAGUUAGCCGCUUUGAGACUCCUUCAGGUAGUGAUAAAGCGGGAUAUCAAAUCCAAACUCCUCUUCUCUGUUCAUUGAACCUCAAAGGUGGUUGGGAGCAAUAGGAAGCAAAUUUGUUUGCUUCAGCCAACUUCACUACUUCUCUGCACAUGUCAAGACACAUGGAAGGAGGCUUAAAUUGAACCGAGACGCUGAACAACACAGCUCACCGCAGUGGCAGCAUCCGACUCAUUUUUCCAUGCCGUGUGGAUAGGGCACCAGAUCUUGACUCGUGGGACAUUGUUGUCAGUGUCUCACAUAUAUUCCUUGAGACGGUGACAUUGAUCUACUUCCUGCCCAGUGUUAAACUGAGACUCAUAACGGACGAGGAGUUUUUGAAACCAUGCUGAGUGGCAGUGUCUCCAGUCAAGGUUUUGUGACCCUCUUCACGAGGCCUUGCGCCCCACAGAUUGUCAUCUCUAACACCCAAAAAAGUCUUGCUCUUCUUCUCAAGAUUUGGAAGCCACUUUGUCCAACGUAUAUCUUUUGUCUCUGUGUGUAUCCUGGCUGCCGAUCUAUAUCACCUGUGGUCCCAUCCCUUCAGCUAUUAUUGAAUGUGGAUGUAUCUAUUGUAACAUGAACAUACACUACAAAAUAGCUGAAGGUUCGUUCUGUUUACAUACACUGUUAAUGGUAUACUAGGUUGUGAAGCCCUCCCCAGUGCUCCGAAGGAUCUUCAGAAGAACGCAAAGGCUCCAGGAACUCCUGGUGAACCCUGCUCUCAGGCCGAGUUGGAGUUCUUGUCAUGAUAGGAUCACUCCUUAACUGAAAUUCUUCUCAGACUAUUGAUGUCAGACCUUUGCUGCACUCUUUUGGUACCUGCUUAACAUACUUGUUAAUCAGGUAUGCCUUUCCAGAGGCAUAGAUGUAGAUGUGUUUUAAUCUUACACUGGCAAUUAUAAUAUUUUUAACUGUUUUAAUUUUGCCUUUAUAUUUCAAAUGUUUUACUUGUUUUCAACUUUUUAAUUGAUAAUUUCAACAUUUCUAGUGAACCACGUAGAUGUUUUGUUACCAUCAAGUGGCAUAUAGGUUUUAUUAAAUAAUAAUAAAUAAAGGUCCGUCCCUCCCCCAAUUGUAAGGGUUUUAG